AUGAAGCGCAAAUAUAUGAUGUUGUCUAUGCUAAUUUCAGGGCCCAAACAACCAGGAAAUGACAUAGACAUUUACUUGGCUCCUCUGAUUGAAGAUUUAAAGCAUUUGUGGGACAUAGGUGUGGAGGUGUAUGAUGGGUAUAGGGAAGAAAACUUCACAUUGAGAGCUAUGUUGUUUGGUACGAUUAAUGAUUUCCCGGCAUACGGUAAUCUAUCAGGAUAUAGCGUUAAAGGACAGUGUGCUUGCCCUAUAUGUGAGGAUGAUACAACUACCAUGCGAUUGGAACAUGGUCAGAAAAAUGUUUUCCUUGGGCAUCGUAGAUUUUUGCCUAUAGGACAUCGUUAUAGGACGUGGAGAAAAGCUUUCAAUGGGAGUGUUGAACAACGAUUAGCUCCUAAGGGGUUGAGUGGUGCUGAUUUAUUUGCUAAGGUGCGUGGCUUGAGCUGUACAUUUGGCAAGAAGUUUCAGAAGCUGCUUCCCAAAAGCGGAUGGAAGAAAAGGUCUAUUUUCUUUGAUUUGCCAUAUUGGAAGGAUCUAUAUGUGAGACAUUUUCUAGAUGUCAUGCAUAUUGAGAAGAAUGUUUGUGAGAGUGUUAUUGGUACAUUACUAAAUAUGCCGGGUAAGACUAAAGAUAACAUCAAAGCGAGGAAAGACUUGGUUAGUAUGGGCAUGAGAACAGAAUUGGGGUCGGUGAAGAAGGGGAAUCGUACGUACCUACCUCCGGCGGCCUAUACUCUAUCUAGAAAGGAGAAAAUUAUUCUUUGUGAGUUCCUUGAAGGAGUGAAAGUUCCGGAGGGGUUCUCAUCAAACAUCAAGAACCUCGUAUCAAUGAAAGAUCUCAAGUUAAAAGGUUUGAAGUCUCAUGACCUUCAUAUUCUCAUGGAGUAUUUGUUACCGGUGGCUAUACGUUCUAUUUUGCCAAAAAAGGGCUUCCGAAGUCUCGUCAUUCAGGAAGAACAUAAGGAGAAGGAAUCAUGGGAUCUAAAAUAUUUGUCGUACCAACCAAAGAAUGGGAGCAAGCACACUUAUGAAGAUCCAUCCUCAGUUUCAGAAAGGUUAAGAUGCUUAUCUUAUGGUCCGGGUAUACAAGUAUUUUCCUACACUGGUUAUCUAAUUAACGGGUGCACGUUCUACACAAAAGCCCAAGAUGAUCGAAGUGUAAGGCAAAAUAGUGGUGUGAGUCUUGUUGCUCAGUCUAUGCAUAUCUCAAGUUCUAACGACAAAAACCCCAUAUAUGCAAACAUGUCAUACUAUGGGGUGAUUGAGCACAUAUGGGAGUUGGAUUACACUAAGUUUCGGGUGCCGGUGUUCGGUUGUAAAUGGGUUGACAACCAAAACGGUGUUAGAACCGACGAAAUGGGGUUCAUACAAGUGGAUCUUAAUCGGGUGGGGUACAAAGAUGAACCUUUUAUUUUAGCAUCUCAAGCCCAACAAGUGUUCUUUGUUAGUGAUCCAGCUGACAAGAAAUUGUCUAUUGUCCUUUUUACAAACAAAAUAAACAACAACAUUGAUGAUCAAUAUGAAGAAGAAAUUCCUAUUGUGGAUGAUCCUUUUGUGGGGAUGUCACAAUCACUCAACAAUGAUUCAAUAGGUGAUGAUGGUUACUUCAUGAGAGAUGAUCAGCAAGAGGGAAUUUUCAUUAAGAAACCACUUCGUUUCAAUAGAAUGACUUCUUCGCCUAAUGAAAGUGUGCCUUCCAAUGAGAAGAAUUUGAGUAGAGAUUUUAAGCGUGGAAUGGCUUGCGCAAAGAAGAUUGGAUGGAAUAUUUGGGGUCAACCAAUAAACCCCAACAAAAAUAGCUUUGUUGAAUAUAUUGGAUAUUUAUCUCGUACACAUGUUCCAAUAACGUUCAAUCAUUGGCCGACCACACCAAAACUAUACAAAGACAAGAUUUGGGAAGAGAUUGAGUCUGCUUUUGUAGUUGCUGAAAAUCGAAAGAAAUUUGUCCUUCAAAAAGCCGGUACUAUAUGCAGAAAUUUCAGGUCAUCAUUAGGAGACUAUAUGACAGAUCCUUAUGGUAAUAUUGUUGCGCAUCCUCCGGCAACGUAUUAA